CCAUGGUAUGUCGACAGAUUUUUUAAAUAUAAUAAUAAACUUCAACGAUUAAUAUCUUGCUUUGCGGGACAGUGCGACGCUUAUUUCCUGCCAGUAUAUGAUCAUUUUAUGCAUAAAAACGUCGAAUAUAUGAGUUAUUUUUAAUAUAAUUUUUGCGAGAAAAACAUGCCCAGACAUAACUCUAAUUACUUCAAAUAUUUGAGAAAUCCAAAUUUAUCUGUACCACGUUCGACCAAACACAAUCGAGAAAGAAAUAAUCCAAAUUCAUUACCAGCUAUAUCAGCUCAUCAACCACUGGUUUUGAACAAACAAUUAAGAAACAAUGAUGAUUAUAUCUUAAAUUUUGAUAAUGCAGAAAGCUCUGCAGAUAAUGAACAAAAUUCUACAAACAACCAUGGAUUUGAAGGUGACGAUGAACAACGAUUCAAUGCAAACCUAUUGUUAGAAAAUGAAACGCUAAAUGAAUUGGAAGCAGAUGAAAUAGAGCAAAAUUUAUUUCAUAAUGAUAUUGAAGAUGAAGAAGGAAAUGAAUACAAUGAAGAAUCUGAAAAUGAAAUACAUAUUGAUUUGCAAGAGGAUCAAACAAAUUUACUCGCCAAUGUUGUUCAUGAAGAUGAAGAAAAUGAGGAACGAAUCCCCAUUUAUCCGGGAGCUAAUCUUACGCAACAAGAGAGUGAUCUUCUUAUAAUGUCUUUCCUAAUUCGACACAACUUAACGGAUUAUGGACUAGAAGAUCUUCUGGAACUCAUCAAUUGUCAUCUACCAAUAUCAUUAAAUACGUCGAAGUAUAAAUUUUUGAAAAGGUUUCCCAGUAUAACAAGUAUAAAAUCUUUCUAUUAUUGCCCUGAUUGUUUCGUGCUAUUAGUUUUCGAAAAUGGCCGAAAUAUUGCAACAUGUGCAUCGUGUCACCAAAUUUUACUAUUAAAUUCUUUAAAAAGAAAUGGACAUUUUUUUCUACACAUAUCACUAAAAGAGCAGUUAAUUAAUUUACUCUCAGGACCACUUUUUUAUUUUUUGCAAAGAACUCCACAUGACUCAUUAUCCGAUGUAAUAAGUGGUUCGGUAUAUAGAAAAUUACGAGAAAACGGCACAAUCUCUAAUUAUGAUAUUACUCUGCAAUGGAAUGCUGAUGGCGUACAAACUUUUAAAUCGUCAAAAGUUUCUAUGUGUCCGUUGCAAGUCUCGAUAAACGAGCUUAAUUAUCGUCAAAGAAAAGAAAAUAUUUUGCUUGCUGGGAUAUGGGCUUCGGUAAAGAAACCUGUUCUCGAUCUGUUUUUGAAACCGUUUAUUGACGAAUUAAAAGAUCUGCAUCAAAAUGGAUUCGAAUGUUUACCACCCGGUUUUAAUGAACCUAUAACGAUUAAAGUCCAUACAAUUCUUUCUUCCGUAGAUUCAGUAGAACGAUGCGCAUUACAAAACAUUCAUCAGUAUAAUGGCACAUAUGGCUGUUCAUUUUGCUUGAAUCCGGGUGAACAUAUUUUAGUAGGAAACGGCUAUGCACGCGUGUAUUCAGGGGGUAAAGGCUUAAAAAGAACAGAACAUCAGCAUAAAGAAGAUGCAAUUAAAGCAGAAAGAGAAGAGACAGUAGUCAAUGGGGUAAAAGGUGUAUCCAUUUUAAUGCUUCUACCUGUUUUUAAUAUAAUUAAAUCUUUUCCCCUCGAAUACAUGCACAGUGUAUUGCUCGGAGUCGUUAAAUUAUUUUUAGCAGCUUGGAUCGAUCCAAAAAACUAUCGAGCAUUUUGGUAUAUGGGAAGUAAAGUACGUGAAAUAGAUGCCAGAUUAUUUGCCAUAUUCCCACCAUGCGAAAUAUCUCAAACACCACAGUCAGUGACUAACAUUUGCCAGUGGAAAGCUUCAGAGUACAAAAAUUUUUUAUUGUAUUACUCUUUGCCGAUCUUAAAAGAUCUUUUACCUCGAGCUUUUUACAAACACUGGUCAUUACUCGUGUAUGCUAUUAAUAUAUUCAAUAGUGAAAAAAUUAGCGCACAAGCAUUUGAAAAGGCAACAAGAUCGAUCAACAAAUUUGUUACGGACAUCGAAAGAUUGUACGGAAAAGAAUUUUUAAAAUUUAAUGUACAUUUGCUACUUCACUUACCAAAGUCAGUCAACGACUUUGGAGCAUUAUGGGCUUGGUCCGCGUUUCCGUAUGAAAGCAACAAUUACAUUUUAAGAAAAAUGUUACACAAUUCACAAACUGUGUUGCAACAAGUUUGUAAAUCUUACUUAAGAUUUCAAAGUGUUAAACAUUUUGAUGUAUUUUCAAAACCUAAUUGUAGCACUGAUGGUAAAUCUUUGUAUUUAAAAAUGAUGGCUAACUAUAGAAGAAGAACUGGUACAAAAGUAGUCAGUGAUAAUCGUCUUAUUAUAUUCGGUACUGGGACAGUCAAAAAAUUAAAUCUUAUACAAAAAUUAUCAAUUCAAGCUUUAAUACAAGAAAACAUUAAUGAUUUUGCAGUAGCCUACGAUAGGUUUAUAUACAAUAAUAUUUUGUUCCAUUCAAAUACAUAUGAAAAAAUGAUGAAACGAAAUAACAGUAUUAUUAAGACAACAUUAGGGACCUUUGUAGAAAUUAUAGGAAUUUUUUGCGUCAGUAUAUCAAAAAAGUAUGUUAUUCUUGCUAAAUCUUUUGAAGCGUUACACGAAACCUUGUGCACAAAUGGUGAUAUUUCAUCAGCUAGUUAUUUACAUCCCGUUAGAGAAACAAAUAAUAUUGUAGCUCUGUUACCUCAAAAUAUUUCUAAAAAAUGUAUUUUUUUACUUUGUAAUGGUAACAGUUACAUUAUGGAACUUAUAAAUAAUGUAGAAACUGAUUAAGGUUUUUAUAAUAAAUAAAUGCAGGCUUAUAUUUACUAAUACA